GUUACAAAUGCUAGCACCAAUUGGAUUUUGUCAUCUCUCUCAUCUCCGUUUCUCAUAUUCACAGCGUCUGCUUGGCUCCAUGUUUACUCUUUGUUAGAUCUCACCAGCUUGGAUCGAUCUUCGGGUCCACGGCAUCGUAUUUUUCAUAAUCGGUCAGCUAUGGCUCCUCCGGCGCACUCUCAGCGAACGCCGUCGCCGUCUCAACCGUCCGGAAAAAGCGAAGUGUCGGAUUUGAAAACGCAGCUCCGGCAACUCGCAGGCAGCCGAGCUCCAGGAGUGGACGAUUCUAAAAGAGAGCUCUAUAAGAAAGUUAUUUCUUACAUGACAAUAGGCAUUGAUGUGUCGUCUCUCUUUGGUGAGAUGGUUAUGUGCUCGGCGACAUCUGACAUCGUUUUGAAGAAAAUGUGUUAUCUUUAUGUAGGGAAUUACGCGAAAGUUAAUCCUGAUCUUGCUUUAUUAACGAUCAAUUUUCUUCAAAGAGAUUGCGAAGAUGAGGAUCCAAUGAUUCGAGGGCUUGCUUUAAGGAGCUUGUCUUCAUUGAGAGUGGCGAAUCUGGUGGAGUAUUUGGUAGGGCCUUUAGCGUCUGGGUUGAAAGAUAAUAAUAGUUACGUAAGAACGGUGGCUGUAAUGGGAGUUCUUAAAUUAUACCAUAUAUCAGCUGUAACUUGUUUGGAUGCAGAUUUUCCUGCUAUGCUGAAACAAUUGAUGCUUCAUGAUCCAGAAACCCAGGUUGUUGCAAAUUGUUUAUCUGCCCUGCAAGAAAUUUGGGGCUCGGAAGCAAGCACUUCUGAGGAAGCUUCGAAGGAGAAAGAAACUUUACUUAGCAAGCCUGUUAUAUACUACUUUUUGAAUAGGAUCAGGGAAUUUAGUGAAUGGGCUCAAUGUCUUUUGCUUGAGUUGGUUGCUAAAUAUGUACCUGCAGAUAGCAAUGAGAUAUUUGACAUCAUGAAUCUCCUUGAAGAUAGACUUCAGCAUGCAAAUGGUGCUGUUGUACUUGCAACCAUCAAAGUGUUUCUACAGUUAACCUUGUCCAUGGCUGAUGUGCAUCAAGAGGUAUAUGAACGUAUUAAAGCUCCACUCCUUACCCUAGUCAGUUCUGGAAGUCCAGAGCAAUCAUAUGCUGUUUUAAGCCACCUGCAUCUCUUGGUGUUGCGUGCGCCAUACAUAUUUUCCUCGGACUACAAACAUUUUUAUUGCCAGUACAAUGAGCCAUCUUAUGUCAAGAAGUUGAAGCUUGAAAUGUUGACUGCAGUUGCAAAUGAAAGCAAUACUUACGAAAUUGUGACGGAAUUAUGUGAAUAUGCUGCAAAUGUUGAUAUUCCCAUUGCAAGAGAAUCAAUUCGAGCUGUUGGAAAAAUAGCACUGCAGCAGUAUGAUGUGAAUGCUAUUGUUGAUAGGCUUCUUCAGUUUUUGGAGAUGGAAAAGGACUAUGUCACUGCUGAAGCUUUGGUUCUUGUUAAAGAUCUGCUAAGAAAGUACCCUCAAUGGAGUCAAGAUUGCAUUGCAGUUGUUGGGAAUAUCAGCAGCAAAAAUGUCCAAGAACCCAAAGCAAAAGCAGCUCUUAUAUGGAUGUUAGGGGAAUAUUCUCAGGACAUGAAUGAUGCUCCUUAUAUUCUAGAGAGUCUAAUUGAGAAUUGGGAUGAAGAGCAUUCUGCUGAGGUUCGUUUACAUCUCCUCACAGCAGUGAUGAAAUGUUUUUUUAAGAGGCCACCUGAGACUCAGAAAGCAUUAGGAGCUGCACUUGCUGCAGGUCUUGCUGAUCUCCACCAGGAUGUUCAUGAUAGAGCCUUGUUCUACUACAGGCUAUUGCAAUACAAUGUGUCCAUUGCAGAACGUGUUGUAAAUCCUCCAAAGCAAGCUGUAUCUGUCUUUGCUGAUACUCAGAGCAGCGAAAUCAAAGAUCGCAUUUUUGAUGAAUUUAACAGCCUAUCUGUGGUGUAUCAGAAGCCAUCCUACAUGUUCACCGAUAAAGAACAUCGGGGACCAUUUGAGUUUUCAGAUGAGCUUGGCCAUUUAUCUAUUGGGGCAGAAUCUGCAGAUGAUGUUCCACCAGCGAAUAGAGUUGAGGCAAAUGACAAGGAUUUGCUUCUAGGUACUUCAGAGAAGGAAGAAAGCAGAGGUGCCAGUAACGAUGGUUCUGUAUAUAGUGCUCCUAUAUACGAUAAUUCAUCAGUGUCAAUGGCUGCUCCACAAGCACAAACAGAGACAGUGAUAUCAAACCUUGGAGUUGUAGGUCCUCAAACAAGCUUUGCCAUUGAUGAUUUACUAGGUCUAGGUCCACCAGCAGCACCAGCACCUGCUCCUGCUCCUGCACCUCCUCCUUUGAAGCUUAAUUCCAGAGCUGUCCUAGAACCAGCCACUUUUCAGCAAAAGUGGCGCCAACUACCAAUAUCUGUAUCACAGGAGCAUUCCAUAAAUCCUCAAGGAGCUGCAGCGUUGACAACACCUCAAGCUCUUCUUCAUCAUAUGCAAGCCAAUUUCAUACAAUGCAUCGCAUCAGGAGGCCAAUCCCCCAACUUUAAGUUUUUCUUCUUCGCUCAAAAAGCAGAAGACUCUUCUAUGUAUCUUGUAGAGUGUAAAAUCAACACAUCAUCAGCUAAAGCACAAAUAAAUAUCAAAGCCGAUGAUCAGAAUACAUCCCAGGAAUUUUCGACUUUGUUCCAAUUGGCCCUGUCCAAGUUCGGUACUCCAUGAGUAUCCUUAUAUAAUUUGUCACUUGAGUUCCCUUUAGAAAAUAGGUCCUUUGUUGUUAUCUAGCUGUCUCAUGUAGAAUGAGAAGUGAAAAAUGAAAUAAAAGAAAAGAGGAAAAGAUUUUAUGAGUUAGCUGUAGAUGGGUCAUGAGUGUAUAAUUAAACUGAAAAUUAGGAAUUUUUCUCCACUUAUUUAACUUUUCUUCUCCUAGUUUUCUAUCAUUGUUGCUUAAUUUCUAUACCAAUUUAUCCCUCUUGUUGGCCUGUUAGUUACUUGGAAGGGAUUUUGUGGCUUUGAGAUAUUGGGAAAAGUUGUAAGUAAACUCAUUUUGAAUUAACUAUUUAGUGAUUGUGUAAA